UUUCUAGGGUUUGAUGGACGGGGAGCUGUUGAUCGUGCCCGGGACGAGCAUGCCGCAGAUGAUCCAGCCGCCGCCGGCGCUGGACGGCGGCGACGAUCAUCCCAAGCGCAAGCCAGCUAAGAAGUGGUUCAAGGAGUGGGUCCCGCAAGACACUGUGCUGAGCACUGGGAAGUGCCGGCUGCUCAAAUGGAUCAAUGAUGAUACGAUGAAUCUCAUGAAAACGAAGCAUCUGGACCAGGACGCCGACUUGGACUACGAGAUCGUCUACGUUUGCACAUUCGAGAACUGCGGCAAAGUUUUUACCGAGGCUCCGGCACUGCGGAAGCACGCUCAUGUUCAUGGAGAGAAGCAAUUCAUCUGUCACUACGAUGGUUGUGGCAAGAGAUUCGUGGACAGCUCCAAGCUGAAGAGACACUUCCUUAUACACACCGGUGAGAAGCAUUUUCUCUGCAAGUUUUGUGGCAAGGCAUUCUCUCUCGACUUCAACCUGCGAUCACACAUGCGUACGCACACCGGCGAGAACUACCAUACGUGUCCAUACGAAGACUGCGGCAAGCGCUACGCACACGAGUACAAACUCCGUGGUCACUUGAAGACUCACCAUGACAAGCUCUUGCCGGAUGGGAAACAAGUGCCACUCACGCUAGAGUCGGACACUUCAAAGACUUCUCCGGCAGCAACAGCAGCAGCAGCAGCAGCAGCAGCAGCAACCGGCGGUGGUCGACCAUUCGCGUGCCCUUACAAAGGUUGUGACAAGCGCUACUUCUACGAGUACAAGCUCAACCUCCAUCUCAAGAGGGGGCAUGUCAAGGAGGAGAUGGUGGAGCACAACGGCAGCGACGAGUUUAGCGAUGGCAGCGAUCCGGAGCAUUUGGUCCGGGGGCCCGGGAAGGGAAAGAUGAGGCUGGGAGGAGGAGGAGGAGGAGGAAAUUCAAGGCCGGCAUCCACAGCGGCGCCGCGAGCCAAGAGAAAGAAGACGGUGGCAGCGGGAGGAGGAGGAGGAACGUCGAGCGGCAUGACGAGGAUACAAGAGGCGGCGGUGGUGGAGACGAACUUGGUGGGGAGGAAAGUGAUAAUCAAGCACGAGAUCCAGGAAGAUAGCGAGGAGACCGAAGACGAGGGGCGGGAUGAUCUGAUGGACGAUGCAGGGGGGAACGAUGAAGUGUUUGAAGAUGAUGAAGAAACUGAGGACGAUGUGGACUAGUUACUUUGGUCUGUGUGUUUUACUUGUACAAAAUGCGUAAACAAAGUAAGGUGAUUAAAAGAAAAUGAAGAAAAUCAAGAUGGGAUUCGAA